AUGGUUACUCUCGAGUCAUUGCAAGAAAACGCAGCGGCGGAAAUGGACGAUUCGUGUUCAAUGAGUGCCUACAGCGUUUCAGACAACGAUGAUGGUCAUGUCGAUUCGUCAGAGGGUAGCAGUUCGGCCGCUAAGCAUUCUCGAGCCAGCGAGAAUAUAGAAACAACCAUCGCCAAGACAGAGACGCGGGCAGUCGCCCGUACUCGUAUCUUUGUAGCCUUCAUAUUGGUCGUUUCCAUGAUAGCCGUGGCUGUGCUGAUCUACAUUUUUACGAGCAAGGGCGAACAGGAUAAAUUCGAACAAAAAUUUGAGGAUGACUCCACGCAAAUUCUUGAAACGAUUGGGAGCACGUUGGACGUGACGCUUUCCUCCACGGACGCCUUCAUAGCCAACAUUAUGGCAUAUGCCCGUUACUCAAACUCUACCUGGCCCUUUGUCACCAAACCCGAGUAUGCUGUAGAAGCAGCGAAGCUACUAGUCCUUUCCAAAGCGGUGUAUAUUGGCGAAUACGUCUUUGUAGCAGAAGAGGAAAAGCUAGCGUGGCAAAACUACAGUGUUCACCAUGACAGCUGGGUACAAGAAGGCAUCGAUCUUCAACGAAGGAAUCCGGACUAUAAAGGAAUCAUUAUUGAUGAGUUCCAGACGCUUGGUCUUAUUCACGACAACUUUGCUCAAGAGAGAAUUGGUGGACCAUACAUGCCAACCUGGCAAGUCGCCCCAGUUGUACCCAUCUACUUUCCUUACAACUGGGACGCUUCGACACACGAACGGAUGGGUCCCACCAUCAAGCAUAUAUUCGAGAAGCAGCACGUAGUCAUCGGCGCUGCCAGCGGUGUUGCGGACCCCAACAACCCCGACCAGAUCCUCCAAGCUGAGUACGAUGCGCUUUGGAUCAAGAACUACAUUUCGGAAGAUGACAAUCCGAGUGAACCGUUCAGCGAGAUCUAUUACCCAAUGAUUGACGCCCCCGGUCAGGUUCGUAUUGAUGUAGACCAGCCUCAAGAUAUUGUCGGAUUUUCGGUCAUCACAUUCUUUUGGCGCGAUCUGAUUCGUGACAUUCUCUAUGAAGACUCUAAAGGAGUUGUCGUCGUCAUUGAGAACUCUUGCAACCAGGUUUGGACCUACCAAAUUGAUGGACCAAACACGACCUACCUUGGGCCCGGCGACCUACAUGACUCCAAUUUUGAUGGCAUGCGACGAUCGGCUCCGCUUUACAACCUUCGAGAGUUGUUCAGCAACAGUGGAGUGUACACAGGUAUCCCAUUGGGCGAAGACUACUGUGUGCAUACACUCCACGUUUACCCCAGUACCGAAAUGCGAAAUGAAUUCAUUACGCACGGGCCCAUUAUCUAUACCGUAUCCGCGGUCGCUUUCUUUGUCUUGACGCUGCUGGCGUUUCUCAUUUAUGACUGGAAGGUCGAGCGUCGGCAGAAAAAAGUAAUGGCCACAGCCGUGCAAACCUCAAAAAUUGUAUCAUCUCUUUUCCCGUCUAACGUUCGGGAUCGUCUCUUUCAAGGAAGAGAAACCGGCGAGCAUGGCCUACCUUUCGUGGGAUUGGAGCCCCAGAAGAGGCGACUCAAGUCUUUCUUAAGUAGCGGAAGCGACAAGAGUGCGGAAGCUAGAGAAGUCGACGUGGAUCGACCGAUUGCCGAUUUGUUUCCCAACUGUACCGUCAUGUUUGCCGAUAUAUCUGGAUUCACAGCAUGGUCAUCUGUCCGAGAGCCUGCUCAAGUUUUCAGACUUCUCGAAACACUUUAUGGAGCUUUCGAUGAGAUUGCCAACAAGCGCCGAGUCUUCAAAGUGGAAACCAUUGGAGACUCCUACGUUGCCGUCACAGGGCUCCCGGAACCGCGCAAAGAUCAUGCUGUCGUCAUGGCGCGAUAUGCUUUUGACUGCCGUAGCAAGAUGGCUGAACUAACCAAGCAGCUUGAGACUACCCUCGGACCGGACACUGGCGACCUCCAGUUCCGCUUUGGUCUGAACUCGGGUCCGGUGACAGCCGGUGUAUUGCGUGGAGAGAAAACUCGAUUUCAACUCUUUGGAGACACCGUUAAUACUGCGGCCCGCAUGGAAAGCAGCGGCGCCCGCAGCAAGAUUCAGUGUUCCCAAACAACCGCUGAUUCCCUUGUCGAAGCCGGGAAGGAACACUGGUUGAAGGCUCGUAGCGAGCUUGUUGAAGCCAAAGGCAAAGGCCGGAUGCAAACCUUCUGGAUCGAGCCUCGCGAGCACCAAGCAUCACACGUGUCUUCCGCUCCAAGUGCAGAAGUGGCAGCCCUUUUCGACGAAAAGACGCAACGUCUGGUGGACUGGAAUACCGAUGUCCUCGCUCGGUUGAUUCGCCAAGUGGUAGCACGGCGAAACGUUUCCAUCAAGGGAAAGAAGAAGUCUUUCAAGCCAAGUGUCUCCAAAAUUGAAUUUCAGUGUGACCUUAGCAAAAGUAACGGUACGGCUCUAGACGAGGUUCGCGAAAUCAUCGAGUUACCGGAAUUUGAUCAUUCGUUGGCAAGUAAACAGGAAGACCCCGACUCUAUCAAUCUCGGUCAAGACAUUCUGGGCGAGCUUCGCGAGUACAUUGUCAAUAUUGCUUCCAUGUACCACAACAAUCCCUUCCAUAACUUUGAGCAUGCCUCACACGUGACCAUGUCGGUCGUCAAACUCCUCAGUCGCAUCGUGGCGCCCGACGAAGUGUAUUCCGACGCCGGCGUGAAGGACUCGCACAAGCUCGCUUCGUCUCUACACGAUCACACGUACGGUAUCACGUCGGACCCUUUAACGCAAUUUGCCUGUGUCUUCUCAGCCUUGAUCCACGAUGUCGACCACAGCGGUGUGCCCAAUGCACAGCUCGUCAAGGAACGCACCCAUAUUGCGUCGUUUUACAAGGGCAAGUCCGUGGCUGAACAGAAUUCUGUCGACAUUGCCUGGGAUCUGCUAAUGUCGGACUCGUUCCAGAAGUUGCGGACCAAGAUUGCUUCGAAUCCGGACGAGCUGCGUCGUUUCCGUCAGCUUGUCGUCAACUCGGUCAUGGCCACCGACAUUAUGGACAAAGAUCUCGGUGCCGCUCGUAAGGCGCGCUGGAACAAGGCCUUUGCCCAGGGAAGCGAGCGUGCCAAGGAAGACACGGUCGCGACCAAUAGCCGGGAUGAUAUCAACCGUAAGGCAACUAUUGUGAUCGAGCACUUGAUCCAGGCUUCCGACGUGUCGCACACUAUGCAGCACUGGCACAUUUACCGCAAGUGGAACGAACGUUUCUUUAUUGAGUGCUACCAGGCCUACACGUCGGGGCGUGCCGAAGCGAACCCUGUCGACAACUGGUACAAGGGCGAGAUGGGGUUCUUUGACUUUUACAUCAUCCCGUUGGCCAAAAAACUAAGCGAAUGCGGCGUCUUUGGUGUAUCUUCCGACGAGUACUUGAACUACGCGGUUCGCAACCGACAAGAAUGGGAGGAACGUGGACAGGAAGUAGUGGCUAGCAUGAUCGAAAAGGUCGAGCGUCGCGAGGCCUCACAAGAGGUUGACUGCGAGGGGAGGAGGGAAAAAGCACCACUCCACAACAGAGGCGACGAUAUGACGCGCAUGAUGCACCAUUUGACUCGAUCAUCGGGUAAUUCCUUCUUCUUAGGGCAAUUUGGAAUAUCGAUACUUGUCAUUGGGACUGCAGCGUCCCAAAAGGCCGUAACUGAAAACCCAUUCUUUUUCCAAGCUGUUGGACGUGGCCCCGUUCGUCCCCGUCUUUCCGUAGACUUUCAUCACUUCCACGCAGACAAUUUUCUUGCUUGCCGCAAACGUUGCAAUCCAUCAGCAGCACCAGCAGCACCAGUAGCACCAGCCUUGGCGGCAGGCUCGUGUUAUAUUAGACUCAUCAGACUUCUCGGCGAUAGAAUCGUUUGUCGUACAAGAAAGCACCGAAGGGAAAUGCGACGGCCACGACCUUCGGAGGAAGCGAAAGGCACCUUCUUAUCGACUCCCCAGCAUACUCGAACCGGAGACUCCUGGAAGAAUGGUUCCUAUUGGGGGGCGGCGCUUUCUCAACGAAAGGCAGUGCUUGUUGUCUGCUUGCUCGUCGCCGCUGGACUGACCCGUCGGAACAACUUGCCUUUGAUUCCCGCAACAGUCAGUACUUCCGGUACGGUGCGAUCCGCCGCCGACACGAAAAAUAAAUGUACCGUGUGGCUAGCUCCGUCCUCGCUCAAGGGGUAUUCUGGGUACGGUAUUUUCACGACACGUGACAUACCGAAGGGGGGCGCCGUACUCGGUGGUCCUGACGGACUUUCCAUUCCCAUUCAGGAUUACCUCGACACAAAACAAGCCAACAAGGACGCUAAAAAAGCUUGGAUUGAUGUCUGGGAUAAUUAUUGGUGGGGACGAGGGGUACCGGAUCACGUAAACUAUUUCGCCGGUACCGACGUGGUGGAUUAUCAAAUAGCCUUUGGAGCCCUCCCAAACCAUCACUGUUUACUCGAUUCCUUACAUUCGCAAUAUCCCAAACCCCCGUUCAUGGACGGACUCGUGGACCGUUUUAAGGAUCCCAGCGCGGGUGCCUUUACCUACAGCAGGGGACGUGAGUUUUUGGUCAAUCGUGAUAUAAAAUCUGGGGAAGAGUUGUUCCUUUCGUACGGAUACUGUCGGCACGAUGACGAGGAUAUACCGGAUUGGACCAGUCGCAUUUUCAUGGAGGAAGACUUUUCGGCGGCCGUAGACAUGAUACAGAAUGGACUGGAUUUUGAUAUUCAAGGUGCGCUCAUUGUACCAACGAGCUCUGCACCGCUGGCGGCAGAACUACUACCAAAAUCACGAAAGGAGCUUGACGAGAUGUUGGCCAAAGCCAAGAGCAAAAAAGAGCGCAUUCAUUAUCUUGCCACUCAUCAAGGGCUUAACAUGCGCACUCCGGAAUGGAUCCGUGCCAAUGGCAUGUGUAUGGAAAACAUGAUACCAAAACAAAGCACAAUUUCCGCGAUUGGUCAAGGCGGAUUUGCGCAGUUCCCUAUCCGCAAAGGUGAACUCGUCACCCCCGCUCCAUUGUUGCAAAUCCUGGAUCGUAGCGCGCUAGACUUGUAUGAUUCGAGUGGCAAAAAGUCGGGAACGCAGUUGCUACUCAACUAUUGCUUUGGUCAUUGCAAGAGCACCCUGCUUUUGUGCCCUGAUACCAAUGCUGUUCUUAUUAAUCAUUGUAGCUCUCGAAGUAAUGUAUGCAGCUCCCAGGGGCCGAACGCAGAUUAUCGCUGGUCGACUGGAUGGGAUCCUACCUCGGACGACUGGAGGAAAAAGUCGCUCCAGGAGCUUGCCCUUGAGACGGGUCGAGGUUUGGCUCUGGAAAUCUUCGCGACACGAGAUAUUUUACCCGGAGAAGAAGUCUUUAUUGAUUACGGACCCGAGUUUGAACUCGCUUGGAACCAGCACGUCAGAAUCUGGAAGCCACCCCCACCACCACAAGGUCCAUGGAUCACGGCACAAGCUGCCAACGACAGCGAAGGACCAAUUUUCGACUUCCUUGUCACUGGAAAUCUGCGGCGAACAACCCAGCAUCCAUAUUUGUUUACUGGAUGCCAAUACUGGCCCACGUCGGAAGAUAAUGUAGAGGCUUAUAGGGAAAGCAAUCGAGCCUGGACAGCAAUGACGGAUCGUGCAUUGAUGACCCACUAUGCUAACAGUGGGAGUCGGUACAUAUAUUGGGACGAAGAAGGCUACACAAAUCACGCCGAUACUUCUCAUUGGCCAUGUUCUGUUCUGAGACAAGAGCCCAACGGGAAAUACGUUGUUCGCAUCCAUCAAAAUCCUUGGGAAGAUUCUCUCCCGUGGCAUCAAAACAGCUUGCCUCGGCUGCUGCACAGCUAUUCGCGCGAAUCGAUACAUUACUUCGUCAAGCCGUUUUCCAACGAUCAACAGAUGCCUGGAGCGUUUCGCCACAGCAUGAUGAUUCGAGACGGCAUGUUUCCAGCGCAAUGGAUGAAUAGAAAAGCAGACUAG